AGUGAUUCCCAGCUGUUUGAAAGCAGGCCAAAUGAUGGCAACAGACGCUCCAGCAACAAAGCUGCAAAGGGCAGCCAUUUGCUCAACGACGCCAUAAUGGAGCCCGCCAUGAACAAUAUCGGCAAGGUGAACGAUGGCCCACUCCUCAAUAAGAACUUGAUGGUGUGUCCCAGUCCCAGGCGCCGCUUUGGCCCGCUCAACGUACCCGCCGGCAACGUGGCGCCCGUUGAUCCGCUCAGCGGCCUCAAGCGCAAAGUCAUCGACCUCACCACUGCCAAAGAUAACAUUGUAAGAUCGAUCAAGGAGAAGGAAGACGUUCUCCGGAAACUACUGCAAAAAGUAGAUGAGAAGAAUGCUGCUGUCAAAGCCAUGAAUGGUGCCAUCUUGAGAGCUAGAGAACGUCUUGCUGAGAGGGAGACUGAGUGUGGGGACUUGGAGUUGAAGUUGAGGGAAAAGUCCCACCUCUUGAAGAACUUCAGGGAUGACAACACCAACCACAGCCGCACAAACAAGCUCCACUCAGACAGACUGCAAAAGUUGCUGGAAGCCGCAAAGGCAGCUCAGCGCGAAGUGGCAGCCAUUAAUGGCCGAAUUGGCACCCUCAAGGCUGGCCUGGAUGUGCAACUUCAGAAUAACCAGGGUUUGGUCCCAUUCAGCAAUAACAAGCUCUGCUGAUGAUGAUGAUGAAGCUGAAGCUUACCCUUCUGUGCAUGGGUCUCCCUCCAACAGCAUAAUUGGAACAACCUGCUGUUGAAAACAAAGUGUCUGAUAAUGAUGAGUGUGUGUGUGUGUGUGUGUCUUUCUACAAGCUGUUUUACCUUUUUUAUACCCUGCAUAUAUUCAGGUCAUGUCUUAUUUAUACACUGGCAAUAAGGAAAUUGGAAUUCUGUGUAUCCAUAAUUACUCCAACAUCAGAAUAAAACCUCUUCUCAUCUUCUGCAAA